AUGCCUUAUGGCACCUGGCUUCGGAUUGGCCAGUCUCCUCUGCGACUAUUGCGUCAGCAGCGUUUUCCGGCGGCAGGGUUCUGGCAUGUUUCUGGAGAGCGCUUCUUCGCCAGUGCCCGCAGUGGCACACGGGCCUUCAAGAAGGUCCCGAAACUGCGCCGCGCCCAGUCCCUGAUCGGUGUUGGCCUGGGCGGCUCCGUUUUCCUGGCCGUGGCUUUCUCCAAAGCUGCUGCAAAGGCUGGCCGUGAAGAUGAAGCGAUUUGGGCGAGUCGGCGCGGGCCCCUUGCAUGGGAUGCGCAGAGAGCGAUCGAGUUCGCUCCUCUGAUCCCCUGCAUUGGAUCGGGGCUGGUGGCGGUCACCAUCACCAGGAUGUAUCCGUGUCAGGUCGCCCUCUUCCGGGUUCCGGCCAACGUCCAUGAGCUCGUAGCUUUGCCUCUGUCCAUCCUUCUGGCCUUCCGGUUCCAGCUCUCUUAUGACCGCUGGUGGCAGUCAAGGCAGCAUGUCCAGGAUGUAAGCAUCAACGCGGUGGCCAUCGCCAUGUCUGCGGCAAACAACCAAGAUUCCAUGCAGCUUUCUUUGACGGGGAAGCUGAAAGGAGAAAUCGAGGAGAACGAGCGCCGACUCCUUGGGUUGCUGGAUGCUGCAUGUGCCAGCGUGGAAUUUAAGCUUUCCUGCGGCAAGCCACCUCACCCCGCGAACGAUUCCCAUGUCUGGGAGCCCAUGGAUGCCCACCUGAAUCCUGAGGAUGCGGCAGCAAUCGCCCGGGCGGCACACCCUGUGCUUUGGUGCUUCGAUUCCAUCUUCAGCACCAUCCAUCGGGGACAGAUGCUCGGGGCCUACUCUGCAGAGCUUGCCAGCGGGAUGUACGAGCGGGCCACUGCCAUGCUUACAGCCUUUCGGUUCUGCCAAAUGGUGCUGCAGCAGCAGUCGCCGGCACCGUUCAUGGUGCAUCUUCGAACCCUCCUCCUGGUGUUCUGUGUCAGUUUUCCUUUCACGAUCAUUGGCUAUGUGGGACCGUGGGGCCUAAUGCUAAUGCAGAUAGCUUUGAGCUUCAGCUUGCUGGGAAUCGAGUUUGUGAGCCGUCAGAUGGAACACCCUUUCGGUGAGGACGAAUCGGAUAUCCCACUGAAGCAGGUAAUGGCUGGCACGCGUGGGAUCGGUGCCGUUCUGGACUUGCGCAGCCAUGUUGCUUGCUCAGAGCUGAAGCUAAGCGGCCACGAUGUAAGAGAGAAGACUGCUACCCCAGAGCAGUGCAUGCUGACCUUCGUGGGGACCGUGGCCUUGAGAAGCACACUCGCUGAGCCGAACGAGGCAACGUUUCUCCGGCCGCCCCCGCACCGAGGGCCACCUGGAUAUGCAGGUUGCUCGCUUGGCCCUCUGGUGCUUGCAUUGUGGCCGCGGCAUCGUCCUCUACUUGCCAGGCGCACCCGGCGGCCGGCAGAGGGGGCUAAAGUCCUCUUCGUAGGCGGCGUGCCACCCGCGAUGUCGUCGGAAACCAUUCUGCAGCACAUGGAACGGUUUGGGCCUGCGACCGUCGUGAAGCGGUGCAGGGGGUAUUUGCACAUAAAGUUUGCGGAGCCUGCGGCUGUGGCUAAAGCGAGAGCUGCCCCAGAGCACCUGGUGGAGGGAGCAUCCUUGACCGUGGAGCCUGCCCUGGCCAAGAAGAAGCAGUGGUACUGCCAGACUGACCCAGAGUAUCCUGUAAGAGUGCGGAAGCUGGGCACAGGAAUCGUGCAUAUCCAAAAUAUGAUCUCCAUGGCGAUGCAGAGGCAUCUGGCCCGCCGCGUGCUGUCGCUGGGCCGGUCGCCAGCCGGGUUCUACAGGCCAAGCUUUGCAGGUCGGCAUCUGAAGCAUCGUAUGCGUCUUAGCACGUUCUGCCUCGGACAGCACUGGGAUACGCUCUCGCACGAGUACACGAACGUGCGAUCAGAUUCUGACGGUCUGCCGGUGCUUUCCUUGUCCGAAGACCUUCUUGAUCUUGCAUGUGGCAUCCAGCACGACCUGGACCAGAAGUGCAAGAAGCAGAUGUUCCCAAAAAUGCGGCCCCAGGCUUGCAUUGUGAAUCACUAUACAACGGAAGGCUCCCUAGGCCUCCAUCAGGACUUGGAUGAAAGCGAGUCCAGCCUUCACGAGGGCCUUCCCGUGAUUUCGCUCUCUUUGGGCUGCUCCGCGCGGUUUCUCUUCACGAUGAGCCCGGAGGAGGAGAUACGCAGCUGUGUGCUGAAGUCUGGUGACAUCUUCAUCUUCGGAGGUCCCGCACGCCUGCUUCAUCAUGGCAUCCAGAAAGUUUUCCCCAACACCACCCCGAAGAAGCUCCAAGGAGACUUGGCGAGCCUACCGGGGCGCCUGAAUCUGACCUUCCGCCAAAUCCGCUAG